AUGCGUAUAGCGAGGAAGAUGGCUGGAGGCAAUCACACCCCCGUCACCCAGUUCGUCCUCCUGGGCCUGACCAGCGAGCCAAAGCUGCAGGCUCCUCUCUUCGUCAUCUUCCUCCUGAUUUACCUCGUCACCGUGGCGGGCAACCUCGGGCUGAUCACCUUGAUCAAGACAAACCCCCGGCUCCACACUCCCAUGUACUUCUUCCUCUGCAAUCUCUCGGUCGUUGAUCUUUGCUACUCCUCCGUCUUUUCUCCGAAGCUGCUUAUCGGCUUCUUGGUGGAAAAGAAAACCAUUUCGUACCCCGCCUGCUUUGCCCAGCAUUUCUUUUUCCUUCUCUUUGUGACCACAGAGGUGUUCUUGCUGGCUGUGAUGGCAUACGACCGCUACGCGGCCAUCUGCAACCCGCUGCUCUACGCCACCGCCAUGCCCCAGAGGGUCUGCGUUCAGCUGGUGGCCGGCUCGUACGUCGGGGGGGUCUUGAACUCCCUCAUCCAAACCUGUUGCUUGCUGCCCUUGCCUUUUUGUGGCCCCAAUGUCAUCAACCAUUACUUCUGCGACACUAACCCUCUGCUGAAACUUACCUGCUCCGAUGACCGCCUCAACGAGCUUUUGCUUGUAGCCUUCAACGGGACCAUUUCCAUGUCCGUCCUCUUCAUCAUCAUCAUCUCCUACGUGUACAUCCUCUUCUCCAUCCUGAGGAUUAGGUCUGCCGAAGGCAGGCACAAAGCCUUCUCCACCUGCGCCUCCCACCUCCUCACCGUUACCUUGUUCUACGUGCCCGCGGGACUGAGCCACAUGCAACCGGGCGCCAGGUACUCACUAGAGAUGGAGAAGGUCACCGCCAUCUUCUAUACCCUCCUCGUCCCUAUGCUCAACCCGCUCAUCUACAGCUUGAGGAACAAGGAGGUGAAGGACGCGCUGAGGAAACUCAUCAAUCAGAUCUCCUUGUUGGUAGUAGGAGACAUCUAG